UUGCAGCACUGUCCAUCGCAAUAAAUGCAAAUAGAACGACGAUCAAAAUAUUUUGUUCUCUUUAUUUGCCAACCUCAAUACGCUAAAUUUUUAUUCUUUGUUAAAUACCUGCAUACAUUUAACUGCUGCAGUCGUAACUACUGCGACAUUAUUGGAAAAAUCAAAAGGAAGUCUUGUCUAGCGCUGUUGGUCCAAAAGACAACUAACGGGAUAGCCAUAAGUAGGUUAUUUUGACGUAGUGUUCUUAUAUUGUCAGGCCUAUUUUGAAAUAGAGUUUAUAUAAAACAUGUCAGAGGACUACGAAUUUAGUGAAGAUUCAAGCCUUAUGCGAAUGGAGGAGGAUGGGGAGGCAAAUAGCGACGAUCCAAUGACUAUGGGCAGUGAGACAGAGGCCGAAGGGUACAGGAUUGACGCCAGUAAAAACGAAGAGGAUGAGGGCAAGAUGUUUGUUGGGGGCCUGAGUUGGGACACAACUAAGAAAGACCUGAAAGAUUACUUUUCCAAAUUUGGUGAGGUUCUUGACUGUACGUUGAAGCUUGAUCCAGUGACUGGUCGCUCAAGGGGCUUUGGUUUUGUCCUCUUUAAAGAUCAUCAAAGUGUUGAGAGGGUGGUUUCACAAAAUGAGCACAAACUAAACGGAAAAGUAAUUGACCCCAAAAAGGCAAAGGCUAUGAAGGGCAAAGAACCAGUGAAAAAGAUCUUUGUAGGAGGUCUCUCACCAGACACUCCUGAGGAAAAAGUGAGAGAGUACUUUGAGGCUUUCGGCGAGGUUGAGUCAAUUGAACUUCCCAUGGAGAAUAAAACUAACAAACGGAGGGGUUUCUGUUUUAUAACUUUCAAAGAGGAUGAGCCAGUUAAGACCAUCAUGGAGAAAAAGUUCCACAACAUUGGUCUAAGCAAGUGUGAAGUGAAGGCUGCCAUGUCAAAGGAGCAGUACCAGCAGCAGCAGUACUGGGGCGGCAGAGGUGGAUCUCGGGCUCGGGGAAGAGGUGGUCCUAAUCAAAGUUGGAACCAGAAUUACGGCUAUUGGAACCAAGGUUAUGGAAAUUAUGGAUAUAAUCAUGGUUAUGGAGGAUAUAGUGGGUAUGAUUAUUCUGGUUACAACAACUACUAUGGUGGAUACAGUGAUUAUGACAGUCAGUCAGGUGGAUACGGCAAGUCGCCAAGGCGAGGUGGUCACUCGAACACUUACAAGCCGUAUUGAUGGGGAAACCCAAAAGGACUAUAGGUAUGUAUAGCUAUGAAACCAUGAUGACUUGAUGCUAAGAUAGACAAUUAACUGGUAUGGGGCCAUUUUAUGUCUUUUUCUCAGCACCCACAAGUACUUACAAUAGUGGUAACAUAGACAUUAAACUGUUGUGCUGAUUAUUAUUUAACACAGCUGGCCUUCUGCUGCCUUUUUGCAUCUUUUUUUAAAUUGUAGAUUUAACAGGUAAAGAACUGAUACUACAAUUAAUGGAUGGCAAAGUUGUGCAAGGUAACAGAAAAAGAAAUGUUGUCUCCUAACUCUGACAUACCUUGUUUGUACCUGCCAGCGGAGCUUCCUUGCAGGCCAUGAGCUGACUCCCAGAAACUCUCAGGGCCCGCUCAGUGCGGACCGGGUUUGAGACGCAUGAGCUCUCGAAUGCUGCCAUUUGGUAUGGUCUUACAACAUCCUGUAUCAGCAUUUCUAAACUAAACAGUAUGGGACACUUCCAGCUUUGUCGUCAUUCUCUCUACAAAUUGUUCUUAAUGUAUUUAAUGUAAAAAGUACACAUAACAAACAUAUGUAAUGUUAUUUUUUACAGGCUCUUACUCCCCCACACGUAAUUACUAUAUUUGAUUUUUUAAAAUUAACAAUUUGCUUUUUAAAGGCUAUGUUCAGCAUUCUCAAGACUUUCCAGUUGAUACUGUCAUUAUUACAAUAUAUGCAUUAAUAAUGCCUAAAUGCUUGUUUCUUUAUUUAGCCUGUAGUCCUUAAAACCUGGUUCGUAUUGGACUCCUCUGUGGUGGGGGAUAAAGUGCUCUUUUGUACAUGUAUUACUGUAUUUUGUUACUGACAGCAAUGGAAAAGUUUUCUCUAUUAUUUUACUCUAACAAAUUUUCUCUUAUUUUUUUUUCUUUUGUAAAACAAGAAGAAAAUGAAGUGUCAGUACAUUUCCAGAUAUUUGCAUGUAAUGCUUUUCCUUAAUGUGUCCUUUGACAAAUGGAAGAUUUACGUAUUAAUGGGGAUUUGUAGCUAAUGAAAUAAGUUUAAGUUUAGCUUUAAGUUAUGCUUUUUAAUGCUUCAUAAUUUCUUCUUAUUCAAGUGUUUUUCUUUGUUUUAUAUAGGUAUGUUGAGUGACUUCUGUCAACGGAAGGAACCUUUGCCAAGACGAUGGGUAUCGAGUAAAGUGCAAUGACUGAAUGAAAAAAAUAGUACUAUCUCAUCGUCUUCAAUUCUCUGAGUAUUCUCUGAGUGUCUCAUUUGACUUAAGUCUUUAUGUUCUGUGCUUAUUUAAAUAAUGCUCAAUAUCUGCUUUCAACAAUUACGUGUCAAUAAUAACCUUAGGUGUGAGGCUCAAAAAAAUGUAUUACACUUUUGGCUUGGUCACAUACAGCUUUGAUGCAUUAUGAUUAUGCACAUUUAAUAAUGUCAACAGUAAACAUACAGCAUAUUCAAUGUGCAACUUAAAAAAUAAAAAAAAUAAUGUGAACAAAAUAAGAUGAACAAAAUAAAGUAAUAUUAAAUUCUCAAUUUUCAA